UCAUUCAAUGACUACAGGGCUACAACCUUUUAUAGUCAUUUAACACAUUGCAUUGUGUUUCUUUUGAUGAAUAUGAAGUAAGAAUGAUAUAAAGAAGAGUAAAGUAUCAUUUAUGUCCCCAACGUUUGGGGUAAGUCUCAAACCUAUCCCUAACGUUUUAAACGUCCUAUUUGUGUCCCUAACGUUUCUAAAUGUAGUCAAUGUUAUCCUACCGUCAAAAUGAGAAACAUUUCGCUAACGCCGUGGCUUACGUGGACGUUAUGUGACACGGUGGCAGUGCAUGUUUUCUGACCGUUAUUCAAUUAAAAAAAAACAUAAAUGUGAAGCAGAGAAGCAGAGGGUCCUCUUCAUAACCCUAAUCCCCAAAUCCUUGAUUCUCGUUGCACAUGCGCCGCCUCUGAAGGGCGAUUCCGGCUGCAUGAGAGAAGAUGGAGCACGAAGCAUGCCAAUCUGAAGCGACCCAAGGCAGCAAGCAAGCCACACGAAGUAGAAACCUAGCACGUCGAAGGAGGACAACAUGUUACUGUGGAGAACGGCCUGUGCUCGCAACGUCGUCGACGGCAGAAAAUCCUGGGCGGAGGUUCUGGGGUUGCGUUAACUUCGGGGUUGGUGAAGAAUGUGGCUACUUCGUAUGGGCUGAACCAGAGGAGGAUCCGUCACAAGUUUCUAGGUUAAGAAUGAAGGUCAGAAAUUUGAAGGGCAAACUGGAUAUGGUGGAGUUCAGGUUCAUGGUUGCAGUGGGAGUUGCUUUGGUUGGAUGGACAGUUGCACUAAUACUGGUGUUUGAGAAAACAACAGGAACCAAAUUUGGGAGACUGUCACUAGAAUGAUGUUGCUGGUUAUAAUGAGUUUUAGGAGAAAAUUGUUAGAUGGCUAAAUUGUGUUCUGUAUGUUGGCUUAGAAAUAGUAGUGAUGUUGAAGUAGUUGCUAUUUUGUUGAACUGAAUGAUAUUGUAAUGCAAUGAUGUUUUUGUAA